AUGUUUGUCCUGGGAAAAUAUCUUUUACUGCUAUCUUUUCUUUCGUUUAUAUAUAAUAUUAGUGGUGUUCAAGGUGACCCUACUCCAGUUGUUUUGUGGCAUGGAAUGGGAGAUAGUUGCUGCUUCUCAUUUAGUUUGGGAGCAAUAAAAAAGUUAAUAGAGAAAACAGUACCUAACAUUUAUGUAUAUUCCAUUCGUCUAGGAUACAAUGAAGUGGAGGAUGUUGAACAUAGUUAUUUUGGAGAUAUCAACGAGCAGGUAGAGGAAGUUUCUCAACGAUUGUCACAAAAUGAACAUCUUAAAAAUGGAUUUAACGCGAUUGGAUUUUCUCAAGGUGCUCAAUUUCUAAGAGCAGUGGUUCAAAGACAUCCUAAUAUUUCGAUUAAGAAUCUAAUUUCAUUGGGUGGACAACAUCAAGGUGUUUUUGGAUUGCCAAGAUGUGGAUCAGCGAAACGCAACGUUUGCCGUUACAUAAAUCGCAUGAUCAAAUAUGGAGCCUACUUACCAAUCGUUCAGGAAAACUUUAUUCAAGCUACGUACUGGCAUGAUCCAUACCAGGAAGAAGAAUACAAAAAUAAAAGUACAUUUAUCGCUGACAUUAAUAACGAACGUGUCAUCAAUAAGACGUACAAAGAAAAUCUUCGAAAGCUAGAGUCCUUGGUGUUAGUUAAGUUUGAUAAGGAUACCAUGGUUUGGCCCCGUGAAUCAGAGUGGUUCGGAUUCUAUAAACCGGGACAGGGUACAGAAGUUCAAAUAUUCGAGGAAACUGACUUGUAUCGAAAGGAUCGCUUAGGACUGAGAGCGUUACACGACUCGGGAAAAAUUCAUUUUCUUUCCGUACCUGGAAAUCAUUUACAAUUCACGGAAAGCUGGUUUAUAGAUAAUAUAAUUAAUGCGUAUCUGUUAUAA